AUGCGUUUACAAUAUGAUAAACAGAAACUAUACACAUCUGAAGCACAUUGUUCUAACCCUGGAAAUGUACACAUUAUUGAAGUUACAGAACAAAAGACCCUGACCUCGCCAAACUUUCCUGCUCAUUAUCCAAUGGAAAUCAUUUGCACUUACACAUAUUCUUAUACCGGCGGAAACGUUAACAUUGAGUUUAUAUAUCUAAACGUUGAGGAAGAAGUAAAUGGUGAAUGCUUCGACUUCAUCGAAAUUUUUAACGGACGCUCUACAAACUCCCCUCUGAUGACAAAGGUAUGUGGUUUUACCACUCCUACAGAGUCCUUUACUUCCUCAAACUCAUCUUUGACGAUCCGAUUUACCAGUGACAGCAUGGGUACUAAGAUAGGAUUCCUGGCAUAUAUAACGCCCAUAGCUUAUUCUCCUACCAAAAUAGAAUCUCAGACCUCUGAAACCGUUUUACAAACGCUAGACAAGCUAAAAGGGCCGUUAAUUGGGAGUGGCGUCGUAUUUUUGUGCAUCAUCAUUGCCACCCUGUGUUUUUUCUACUUCAAGACAAAGAAUCCAGUCAGACCAGAACAAAGUAAACAGUGAAAGAAAAGAAGAUCCAUGUAAGCUGCUUAAUGGACAAUAUGUGAAUUAAGGCAUAUCAUUCGAGAGGAG